CGCAAUAAAAUACCCCGUUCCCUCACGCCACCAUCAUAACAUAACAUAACCCCUUCCCCCAUCCUCGCUCCCUCACCCGGGCACUACCACCACCACCACCACCACCGCACCGCACUGCAACUAAAAUUUAUUCAAACGAAAAGAGCGGCCCCAAAACGCGAAUCCCCUCAAAAAAAGACAUAUAUAGUAUAUACCACCCGCCUCCCAAAUCCCUAAAAUUGAGAAAAUCGCGACAUGGAUGCGUCCCCUGCUCAGGAGCCACCCCUUGCCGCGGCGAAGCCCACGAAGCGCAGCCUCAUGAGCUCGCUCAUGGAGGCCGCGGCGCUCCACCGAAGCUCGUCAUUCAAGGAGGACUCGUACGUCGUCUCGUCGCUCAAGCCCCACGAGAAGCGGGCGCUGAGCGAGCUGAAGCAGCUCCUCUCCGAAUCGCCCAAGCCCCUGUCGAUCUGGGGCGUGACCGUGGGCCCCGAUUGCGGCGACGAGCGCGGCGACGUGGUGCUGCUCAAGUUCCUGCGCGCGCGCGACUUCGCGGCGCGGGAGGCGCACGCGAUGGUGGUGCGGAGCGCGGAGUGGCGCGCGGAGUUCGGGGCGGACGGGGUGGCGGAGGAGGAGCUGGGGUUCAAGGAGCUGGAGGGGGUGGUGGCGUACACGCACGGGUGGGACCGCGGGGGCCGCCCCGUGUGCUACAACGCGUACGGCGUGUUCCGCGACCGCGCCGUGUACGAGCGCGUGCUGGGCGACGCGGACAAGCUGGGGCGGUUCCUGCGGUGGCGCGUGCAGGUGAUGGAGCGCGGCGUCCGCAUGCUGCAGCUGCGCCCCGGCGGCGUCAACGCCAUCACGCAGGUCACCGAUCUCAAGGACAUGCCCAAGCGCGAGCUCCGCGGCGCCUCCUCCCGCAUCCUCGCCCUCUUCCAGGAUAACUACCCCGAGUUGGUCGCUCGAAAGGUGUUUAUAAACGUGCCCUGGUAUUUUAGCAUGCUGUAUUCGAUGAUGAGUCCCUUUCUCACGGAGCGGACCAAGAGCAAGUUCGUCAUCGCCCGUGAGGGGAAUGUUGCAGAGACCCUCUACAAAUUUAUCCGACCGGAGUUUGUGCCGGUCCAGUACGGCGGUCUGAGCCGGCCUGGGGAUCUGGAGAACGGCCCGCCUAAACCGGCCUCCGAGUUCGCGAUCAAGGGCGGGGAAAAGGUGUUCCUCGAGAUCGACGGAAUUGAGGCGGGAGCGACCAUAACGUGGGACAUAGUGGUGGGGGGGUGGGACCUUGAAUACGGCGCCGAGUUCGUCCCCACCGCCGAGAACAGCUACACCCUCGCCGUCGAGAAGCCGCGGCGCAUCGCGGCGACCGCGGAGGAGCCGGUCCACAACGCCUUCACGGCGCGGGAGGCCGGAAAAUUGGUGUUGACAGUCGACAACUCCGGUUCCAGAAAAAAGAAGGUGGCGGCGUAUCGAUACUUCGUCCGCAAACCAUCGUCAUCAUCAUCAUCUAUUUAAUAAAAAAGCUAUAUUGUUUAAUACCUACUGCUUGUGGCCAUAAGCCUAUGUGAGGACUUAAUUAGCGCUUAUGAUUAGCCUCUCUUAAUUACUAGCAGGAGUAGGGUUUGCUAGCUUGUUCCUCCUAUAAGUAUGUUCUUUAGCUGUAAUUUGAGAAAAGUGUACCAUUGUCCUAUAAAGCUAGAAGAGAGCUUUUUCUUUUUGCCGAAAACAA